UUUCGUUUGUAUUACUUCCACGAUGUCUACAUUCAUUAUACAUCGCUUCCGCUCCUCACUGUCACGACGCGUCUUACAUACGACUGCAAUUCGGCAUGUCGACCGUCCAACGGUGUUCACAAACAUGCUUGCAGGGGAUAUUCCACCCCCCGUGCAAGUUAAUUCCAUAACAUCGGCAGGUAUCCAGCUAGCAGACGGACUUAUCCUUCCAUCUGCAUGCAUCUUCCUGGACGGUAAGGUCUUUUUGUGGAACGUUCCCUCGCGUCUAUGGGAGGGCUGGGAUCGCGAGCAUUUGAGUGUAUUUGAGACUGCUGUCCCAAAACCAGAAAUAUUGGUGUUUGGCACUGGGAGACGGAUGGAGCUUCCACCUCCGAGUAUAAGAGGUUACCUGAAAGAAAUGGGAAUACAACUUGACAUUAUGGAUACAAGAAAUGCGUGCUCGACGUAUAACUUGCUCGCGGAAGAGGGCCGGCGGGUAGCUGCUGCAUUGCUCCCAUACACCCCGCACCCAUGGCGGUCAUAAUACUGGCUGCAGUAAUAUGAUCUGACUCUUGCCUCCCUAUGCUCUUCGUAGUAUAUCCUUGCAAUAUAAUAUCCAGAACGUCGUGCGGCAUAAGAUGGCUAUUCAGAUAACGCCUUGCGUUUGCCUUUAUUCACGGGAGGCUCUUCCUCUUCGUCAUCGAGGAGAGAAGGCUGCGAGACUUCGACUGGCAUCAAAUUGCCU